AUGGCGUCGUCCGGAAAUUGUGCUCCGAAUACCGACAAGAGCGACGCGGUUCUGGAGAACUUGAUUGCCAAGGGUGAGUUCGAGCGGUCUCGCCAUCUUUAAUGAAAGCAUCAACUUUAGAAAUUCUUCCGCAAUCGGCAAACUGGGAAGGAACAGAAGAGUUUCUGAACCGCAUCGUCCAAGUGCUCCUCAAGUACAUCAAGGAUCAGAACGAGCGCGGUCAGAAGGUUCUCGAAUUCCAUCACCCGGACAAGAUGCAAAAGCUGAUCGACACGUCGAUUCCGGAGCAGCCGGAGAGCCUCCUUCAGCUCGUCAAGGUCCGUUUUCUCGUUUUCAUUUUCAUUUCGGCGCCCCGGGGGCACAUUAUUUGAUGCGGCCUCUUGAGUGUACGUUUAUUUGUUUUGCAGAGCUGCGAAGACGUGCUCCGACUCGGCGUACGCACCGGACACCCACGCUUUUUCAACCAAAUCUCGUGCGGCCUCGAUUUGGUUUCGAUGGCCGGCGAAUGGCUCACCGCCACUGCCAACACUAACAUGUGAGGGGGGAAAUGGAAUUUGGUGUCGAAUGAGCUGUAUAGUUGUACAAUCGUUAAGAGUCCCAUUAAGUGUCCUUUUGUGUGUCCAAUGGGAUUGCAAGCGCCUUCAACCUCAACCUUUUGCAAAGUGCGGCUUUGAAGCGGCACAGUACUCUUAGGAGUGGUGGUACAAAAAAGGUGUCAACUACAAAAGUAAUAAGCUAGAAAUUUCCUAGAUGUUUGUAGUUGAUCACUUUUUUCUAGAAUCACGUCGAAGCGCACUGUAGCUCUUGGAAGUUUUGAUAAUUUUUGAGGCGAUUGAGAGAGCUACAGUAUUGCACUACAGGUUCACCUACGAAAUCGCGCCGGUGUUCAUUCUGAUGGAGAAGUCGGUGAUGGCGCGUAUGUGGGAGGCGAUCGGCUGGGACACCGAGAAGGCCGACGGAAUCUUCGCCCCGGGCGGCGCCAUCGCCAAUCUGUACGCCAUGAACGCGGCACGUCAUCAUUUGUGGCCACGCAGCAAGCAUCUCGGCAUGAAGGACAUUCCGACGCUUUGCUGCUUCACCAGCGAGGAUGUGAGUUGUUGUCAGGAGGGAAUCGAACGAGACCCGUCAUUUCAGAGUCACUACUCGAUAAAGAGCGCGGCGGCGGUGUGCGGCAUCGGCGCCGACUACUGCUUCAACAUUCCGACGGACAAGAGCGGAAAGAUGAUUCCGGAGGCGCUCGAAGCGAAGAUAAUCGAGUGCAAGAAGGAGGGACUGACGCCGUUCUUUGCGUGUUGCACCGCCGGCAGCACCGUCUACGGAGCGUUCGACCCGCUGGAACGUGUGGCCGACGUUUGCGAGCGUCACAAACUGUGGUUCCACGUGGACGCCGCGUGGGGCGGCGGCGUGCUCCUCUCGCCCGAGCACCGCUACAAACUGGCGGGCAUCGAGCGCGCCAACUCGGUGACGUGGAACCCGCACAAGCUGAUGGGCGCCCUCCUUCAGUGCUCGGCGUGUCUGUUCCGGCAGGACGGACUGCUCUUUCAGUGCAAUCAAAUGUCCGCCGACUACCUCUUCCAGCAGGACAAGCCGUACGAUGUCAGCUUCGACACUGGGGAUAAGGCGAUCCAGUGCGGACGGCACAACGACGUCUUCAAGCUGUGGCUCAUGUGGAAGAGCAAGGGAAUGGAGGGCUACCGGCAGCAGAUCAACAAACUCAUGGAUCUUGCCAACUAUUUCACGAGACGCAUCAAGGAGACCGAGGGCUUCGAGCUCAUUAUCGACAAGGUGGGGGGCGAUGAUUUUUCAAAGUUGCGGCUUCUAAAAAGUGACCAUUUGCAGCCCGAGUUCCUGAACAUUUGCUUCUGGUACGUGCCGUCGAAGAUCCGUAACCUGGAGCCGGCGGAACUGCGCGCGCGGCUCGACAAGAUCGCGCCCAAGAUCAAGGCGGGCAUGAUGCAGAGGGGCACUACGAUGGUCGGCUAUCAGCCGGACAAACAACGCCCCAACUUCUUCCGAAUGAUCAUUUCCAAUCAGGUUUGUCGUGCAACUUUCUGGAGGAUAGUGGUGGAACAGUCGAGUUUUCAGGCGAUCACCCGCGAGGACUUGGAUUUCUUGAUCAACGAAAUCGUCGACAUUGGAGAAUCUUUGCAAUAG